AUGACAAACAACGCUGACAGCACUCUACACGACGUGAUGCACAUGUCCGCAUCUGCAAAUACGAAUGAGGCGGAGCCACUCAAGAACGAGAAUGCAUUCGGCGGCAUUGUCGAUCGUGACGGGCCUCGGAACAGCGUCUUGCUCCCCCUCAGUGCCGACUUUUGGAAGCGAGUGACGUUGUACUCGCGCAACGAUCCCUGCAGAAAAUCCAGCGGGGUCAGGCAGUGCGACAACGUGACUCUCCACGUCUCACCAGACGCAUCCAAAAAGGCCGGGAAUUCGGUGAUGUUCACGUCCGGCAUCGUGAGCAAGCUCAGCGACGCGAGGACUUGGCGCGACGUGUAG